CUCGAGUAUCAUAUUUGAAUGAAUUCACACGAGUAUAAAUAAGAUCAAGAUCAAGCUCAGCUAUAGAAAUAUACUUUAGUAACAAACCAAUUCAUCAGGUUUCGGUCCCACGGUUCCUCGAAUUUCGCGAAUCGCAUUGUGUUCUACACCGCCCUUCCUAAUUAUGCCUGACGUCUCACAAGAGCGAAUCACUUUGUCAGAUUGAGUUGGUAAGGCUUGAUAAGAAGUGCAGGGUAUGUCUAAUAUAAGCUUCUUGGCUCUACCAUGCCUGAAGAUUUGGACCCUUGAAUGAGGACCGAGGAAUUCGCUAGAAGAAGAACCCACGACACGACCGUCACAAAGCAAAACACGUACCUGAUCCAAGAAGAUCCUGAUAAUAACGGCGAUACAAAUGCAGAAUUUCACUUGGGUCUCGACUGCUACAGCAGUUCUGUCUGCGUUGCGGUGUUUCUCAACAGCCACUGAGAGCAGUUUCGACCACAGCGGGAACUUCUCAAUGGAGAUCCUGACUGAGCCUUUCCCAUACAGCUUUCCCAAACUUGGCGCGGAUAGCUCGCAGUUGUUUCCUAUGCCACUUUGUAAUGGGUUCAAAUUGGAGGAAGCUACCAUUGAUGAAAUGCAAAUAGCUUUGAGCACGGGUCAACUGACCAGCAUGCAAUUACUAAAUUGCUAUUUGGAUAGGAUACAUCAGGUAGACAGCUAUCUCAGUUCAAUACUUGAGUUCAAUCCGGACAUGUUCAAGCUGGCAGAGUCACUGGACAGGGAGCGGUCCGAAGGCCAUGUCAGAGGCCCUCUACAUGGCAUCCCGUUUAUCGUCAAGGAUGUCUUUGCGACAAAGGAUCGCAUGCAGACUACCGCUGGCAGCUGGGCUCUUCUGGGAUCAGUCGUACCGCGCGACGCCCAUGUGAUUUCUCGUCUUCGCUCAGCGGGAGCGUUGUUGCUGGGAAAGGCAGCAUUAAGCGAAUGGGCCGAUAUGCGUAGUAAUAAUUACUCUGAAGGAUAUUCUCCACGCGGUGGGCAGUGCAGGAGCGCUCAUAACUUGACAGUGAACCCUGGAGGCAGCAGCUCGGGGUCAGCUGUCGCUGUGGCAGCAAAUCUUGUUGCCUUUUCCUUGGGAACAGAAACUGACGGGAGUAUUAUCAAUCCUGCACUGCGAAACAGCAUUGUUGGUAUUAAGCCCACCGUGGGCUUAACGUCUCGUGGAGGUGUCAUUCCCGAGUGUUCACACAUGGACAGUGUCGGAACGUUUGGUCGUACCGUUACUGAUACGGUGUAUGCUCUUGAUGCCAUCUAUGGCCCAGAUCCUCGAGACAAUUACACCCUUGCCCAGGAAGGCAAGACGCCCCAAGACGGCUAUAGCCAAUUUAUAUCCGAUCAGUCAGCUCUCAAAGGAGCAGUUUUCGGGCUACCCUGGAAGUCUUUCUGGGCUCUGGGCGAUCCGGAUCAGAUAUCACAGCUGUCGGAAUUAGUGCGCCUUAUUGAGGAGGCCGGUGCCACGAUUAUAAACGGUACGGAACUUCCCAAUUACAAGACUAUUGUGUCUCCCGACAAAUGGGACUGGGACUACGGCACGACACGAGGAUAUCCCAACGAAUCUGAAUAUACCGUCGUCAAAGUCGACUUCUACAACGACAUCAAGAAGUAUCUCUCUGAGCUUGAAAACACCAACAUCCGCUCGUUAGAGGACAUAGUACAGUACAAUAUUGACAACGUAGGCACCGAAGGUGGUCUUCCAGGAAUCCACCCAGCUUUCGGCUCCGGACAAGAUGGCUUCCUCGCUUCUCUCGAGACAAAAGGUGUCAUGGACGAAACCUACUUCCAAGCUCUCUCUUUCUGUCAGCGUUCUACGCGGGAGGAAGGCAUAGACGCAGCACUCAAUCAUAACGGGACCAAACUCGACGGUCUCCUCGUCCCUCCGGAACCAGGUCAGGCAGGCCAGAUCGCAGCCCAAGCAGGGUACCCACUGAUUACGAUACCUGCAGGUAUCACCACCGAAUCAGGAAUGCCGUUCGGCCUGGCAAUCAUGAAUACUGCGUGGUCGGAACCAGCCCUGAUCAAGUUCGCGAGCGCCAUUGAAGACCUGCAGCGUCAUUCGGGGACUAAGUAUAAGCGAUCUCAAGCCACGUGGAGGGGAUAUAUGCGGCGCAAUAUACCCGUUAUUAAUGCAUGAUUCAUAUGUUUGCAUCUUCGUACAUGGACUAGAAAUGAGGAAAGAGGUGUCUAUACAUAGGCUAUUAUGUUGAUACUGCAUAACCAUUUGUAUGUAUGUGUAUAACAAAGCCUAGACUACAGAGACAAAAAUAGAAGCUAGUUUGGGAUACAAUAUCAAAGUUCUCAAACUUUUUGUUAUACAAGAAAA